GAAAAACAUGUUUGAAAAUAUUCACGGACGUUCUUCGCUUGACUUUCCCUUCCUGAUGUUGACACGGUAGUGUUGAUAGGUGUAGAAAUAUGUAUCGAAGAGAUAAGAGAUAUAAAGUGAAGUGCGAGAUGUUUAGAAGACACAAAUAAUGAAAAAUGGAUUCGAACGAGACUUAUGUCAAGGAAGUGCAACAGUAUCAGCGGGAAUCGGUACCAGAGAUCAUCGGAUUGGAGCAAUCUUUAGGACCCACCCACGACACGAUGGCCAAGAACGUAGGGGAGAGUCGGAUACCAGUACCACGCGCGGCUCGACCGUCUUUCUUUCCGAAGUCAAGGGUACUUGGUACACCGACCCUUGUACCUGGACAUCGACGUUCCCUGAUACUGUCAGGAUGUUUGCAGUUUGUUGAUACCGAGGACGAGUCCAACACUCCAAAAACAAAGUGUGGAACGCGUUCCGUAUCUACACCGUCCAUCGAAGUAGAUUCGGGGCAUAAGAAGUUUACGAUAUCACCCGUGUGGGAUAUUGACAAAGAUGACGUGCAACAGUUGGUUCAUUUCCCCGAGGAGAAGAGUAACUUUUUCAGUUUGCUCGAGAAUUCUCAGUUAAAUAUGAUCGAGGAUACUGGUGAGAGCUGCCUGCUGGACACAACCCUGAACAAUUACAAUGAUAGCGCAGCUAACGCAACUCCGCAUUAUUUGAUGUUAAACAAACAGAAUUCGUUCGAACACGACGAAAGUCUCGGUAUAUUGACCCCCGACCAGAUGACCGACUUCACGGUUGCGUUAGAGUGCUCCAGGACACCAUCCUGUGAAAAUCUUACGGGAUCGGCUGGUUCUAGACUGGCGUUAACGCGAGCAUCGGCGUCUAGGCCAUCGGUCGACAUUGAACCGACGGAGGAGGCCUCGAGCGAAAGGACGCCGUCUCCCGAAGAACUUCCGCUGGAUCCUAAGCCCACCGAACCCGUCAGAGGCGGCACCGUUCCUAUCAGUUUCGUCACAUCGGUGACGAGUAUCACCAGUUUGGAAGCCGGUUAUCAAGGUGACGGUGAAAAUUCGAGGCCAGCGAGUCGCGGAGCCGAUCCACCGUCCGUCGCACCAGCACCGAAUCUGCCGGCACCUUGCAGACAAGAUCCGAUGACGGACUCGGAUUUUUUUACGGAAAGCGAUGCCGACGCGUACGAGGAAAUCGUACGCGGUGAUAGGAAAGCUCAGGUAAUCGAUGGUACUCUUUUCUGCGCGCCCGGUGGUCGAAGAUGUCCGAGUUUUACCGGAGAAGAGAUGGAUUCAAGUGGUAUUUACUCGGAUCUCGAUAAGAGACAGGACGAGCUUCAUGCACCUGAAGAAGCACCGGAAGAGAACGAGGAUCGCACACCGGACACCAUCGAUACAGAGGUAUCGCAGAGAAGUCAACCAACGCCUAUUAAACCGGAUGUUAUUAUGGAUUACCUAGAGGCUCCUGUGACAACUUUGGAGGGAUCGCCUGAUUCUAAUGGAUCCAUGAACCCACCCGAGGUUACGGUGAUCGAGGUGGAACGGAACAACGACAACGUUAGAUCGAAGACACAGAACAAAACUGAUUCGGUUCCUUUGAAGAAAUACAAGAUGCCUAAGAGGAACGUCGUCUCGAAGAUCAAGGCAAUGAUCGAGUCUGGUCCGAAGGACGAAACGGAGAAAGAAGCGAGACGUUCGCAAAGGACGUCCAGAAAAGGUGGACGUUGGGAUGCUGUUAUGAGUAAGAUCGAAGCUGGUAAGAACGAACAGAGGACUAGAUGCGUGAGGAAAGAGGUGAAGUCGCGGGUGCUACAGAGCCUUACCCAACCAUCGUCCACGGGAUCAACUCAAAAGAAAGUUGGCGACGCGAAUAACAAUAACAAUAAGGAUAAAAGGCGAUUACGUGGCCGUCAAGAAACAAAAUCGCCAACUCAAGAAACUGCCAGGAGCUCCGUUCGUAGCUCUUUGAGUGAUCUCAGCACCGGACCUAGCAAAGACGCGUCAAAGAGAUCACCAACAUCGGUAAAUCCACCAAGAAGACUGGUAGCAAACGGUCGUGGUAGUCAACAGAGCCGUGUCAAUAGUUUCGACAAGAAAAACUGCGUAGAAAUUUCGCCCAUCAAUCUCGAGAAGAGUCCGUCAGCGACGCGAAAGCCGACAAUAACCAGGAGAUUAACAACCACUGUCCCGGCGAAGCAGCAUAGUAUAACGACAUCGACGAAAGAUCGCGAUACCAAGGAACAACACGGUAAUAACUAUGUGGUGACAAGGGCGUCUUUGGAGACGCGAGACCAGGCCGCACAAACCGACAUACAUUACGAUGCGAUUCAAGUUAAAAGGGCGGAACAAAUAAUAGAAGCCCUUUCUAUCACCGUACAGUAUUUGGCCUACGAGUUGGACGCUUUUUCUACUCCAAAGCUAAAAAAAGAUUGCGAGAACAUGAAGAAAGAAUGGAUGUCGAGGUGUACGGAGAUCGAAGAGUUGAGAACUAGAAACCUCGGCAUUGAAGAGAGACUCGAGUCAGAGAGGGAGAAUCAUCGGAGAGCCUUGGACCAGCUUCGUGAAGAUCAGACACAUUAUGCGGUGCAAAUCGCGACAUUGGAAGCAGCCCUGCAAGAGGAGAGGCGCAGAUACGAGGUCAGGCUACGCGAUUCCUUGAACGAGGCUGCGAAAGAGCAACGGGCCACGAUUGCAAAAUUACGGUCCGAGCAAGAGGCUGAAUUGUUGCGAAGAGAGGCGGAAUUCAAGAGAAGAUCGGUCGUUCACGAUCAAGGGGCCGCGCUCACGGCGGAAGUGGAAUCAUUGAGAUCGGUGCUAGAGAUCAGAAGCCAGGAGAACGCUGCGUUGAGAUCGGAUCUCGAUAAUAUUAGGCGAGAAAUCGAGGACAAAGAGGCUUUGCAACAGCGAGUGGACACGCUCGAAGCGAGAUGCGAGGAUCUGAAGGCACAGCUUCAGUGCAAAGAGGCACUUGAGAGGCAAAUGUCUCACAACAACGAGGUACUACAUGAAUCGUUUCAUCAAAUCUCGAAGCAGAACAAACGGUUAGCGCAACGCAACGAGGAGCUUCAAUGGAGGUUGCGUCAAAAAAACGAGGUGGUGACCGUUCUUGCGAAUUUGACGCCUAGGCUUAGCCGUUCAUUAGGCCCGGAACACGUCGAACAUUCUCUCUCACCCGACAAGAACGGUCCGCAAUCUUCUUCUGUUAAAUUUAUGGUAGAGAAAGGCGAUUCGGUCUCAUGGACGUUGGAAAUCGAUGAUGAAUUUUCCAAGGGAUCGUCGGACGCCGCGCCAUUGGCAACGCCGCCUAAAAUGGGCAGAUCAGAUUCAACGUCAACGGUAUCGAGGCAAGGAUCGCUUCGAUUGACACCUAGAAGGCCUUCCGUCGAUAUGAGGGCAAGGUCUAAAAGUAUUUCCGUUACGGAUUCCGCGCGUGUAGAGGAAUCUACUUGGUCUCCUUCGUUUAAUUCAACACCGAUCGCUCGUCGAAGACCUAGAAGUGACCCGUCUUCUUCUUCUUCCUCUUCCUCCACAUCUUCGUCGUCCUCAUCUUCUGCAACAGCGGUUACCACGAAUUCUGCCGUUGCUGUUGCCGUCGCUGCUGCCGCCGCCGCCGCUGCCGCUGCCGAAGAUUGCGGCGCAGGUCAAAGACCUCAGGAAGCUGGCGGUGAAGCUAUGAUAUCGGAGGAAGCUUCCGCCACGAGCAGCGAGGACGAAUCAUCCACCAGUAGCGAUAUUCCUCCGUUGCCGAUACAAUUUCCCUGGGGUAAACCGAUCAAGUAACGUUCUCGCGAUCCUCUCGCUUACCACAUUUAUAAGGAUUUCAAUUUUCGAACGGCUGCUAUGUUCGUUUGAUCGGGACACAAAGUUUGUUCGGUAAUUCCCAUGACUUUACGUGGUAAUUACGCCAACCAAUUUCCAAGGAUAACGAUAUCAUUUUUACAAAACAUAAAAAUGAACGUUCUCGCUGUUCUUUAAAACGUUGUACGCGCACUUUUUCUAUUACUUCGGUACCUGUAACUCAUACGUUUUGAUCGUGAAGAGACAUAUGUGAGUAGCGUAGCUUUCUACCAAAACUUAUACAUACGUUUUUCGAGACUGUUUGCGUCAUACUUUGCGUAGUAGCGGGAUCGCGUGAAGAUAAAGAAGUUAGGACUUUAUUUAAGUGUUUAGAUUAGAGACACAGUGUUUUUAUGGUGUGCUAGUGUUUUUCAAAUUAUGACUAUGUUAUUGUGAUUGGUAAACUGACUUCUACAUCUUCUUGUCACGAUUCGGCAAUCCUCUCUGUUCCCGGGACUUAAGUACACGAAAGAUCGCACAAUACAACGCCGUUCGUUAACCCAUUUGUUGUAUCAAUGUUUUUCUCUUUUAUUUUUUAAUGUAUACAUACACACACAUAUAUACAUAUAUUUUAUAAUUGCAAGGUAUAUUUUUUCGGUGAACUUUUUUUGCGAUCUUAGGUACUAAGAAUUUUUUUGAUUUAUUUUAUAUAAGAAAAAGGGGUAGAACGAAAGCAGGAUACUGUUUGAUUGCCACGUAUCUUAUCGUCGAUGUGUCCUUUUAGAUAGAAAAAAUGCGCGUAAAUAUUCAAUUGAUUUCUUUUUGAAAAUCUUUUGUCAAUUUCGACAUAGUGUUGCGGGCUAUUGGCGGCCACGAGCCAUGUAUCUCUCAGAAAACCGAAUCGAGUCGGGUCACUGUUUAUUUAAUUCGUGACAAUUUUACACAUGUCCGUUUUAUAAGGUAUGAUGCGUUUAUAUUACGUCUGUACAUAAACGACAACGAUGUUUAUAAAUUAAUUAGUCUUUAUCGCAAAUAUUGUAAAUAGACAACGACCGUCAAAUCGAUCCUAUCCUCGAGUAAAGAAAAAAUAAAAAAGAAAAUGAAAACCCAAGAAGUAAACGUCGAUGAGGAGGCAUUCACUGUGCUUACUGAAGAAAAAACUAUUCGUCAUUGAUGUGCAGCUUACCGAACAGUACGAUAUUAAUUGUGGUUUGUUGCAUUUAAAUCAAGAUUACUUGCCAAUCAUUUCGAAUGUAAUACACGGUUGACAUUAAAAUUAUAAUUUUUGUGUAACAUUGAAAGUUGAUUUGGCGGUAACAUUGCUUACGCAGAAACGUAUAGCAUUCGUAAUAAUAUUGUAUCUUCGACGUGGAAAGAGGACUAACUAACAGCAUUCUUAACGUUAUACGUUUUAUUGCCAAAUACCGAUGAAUCGAUAUAUUUAUCUGUAUUCUCUUUUACGCGCAACAUCAAAUUUACAGAUACUAUGCUAUUUCAGGUGCGACUUGUUAACCAACUACUAUACGUUGAAAAAUAGUCGGUUGGGUAAAGAGUUGAUUAAAAGAAAAAAAAAGAAAAAUGGAAAAAAAAAGAAAGAAA